AUGAAUUUUAUUGAAUUAAUUAGGUACGUUUAUAGUAGCGUUAUUAAUCUCUCCAACAACGAUAUUAAAACAAACCUUGCGAUUUUAAUUACAGCCGAUGAAUUAUGUCUUAAUGACCUCUGUACUUUUAUUGAGGAAUAUCUUCUUGAUAACGAUAACAAAUCAUUAUUAAAACGGAAUUUUGUUCUCAUUCAAGAUGUUGCAACUAGAUUUACUCAAUUUAGUAAACUAGUCCAAUUCUAUAAGAUUAAUAUUCAACAAGAUCUCUCUUUAAUCUUUAGUGCAGAUGAUUUCGCAACAAUCAAACAAGAAAUUCUCCUUGAUAUUCUCGUGAAAAACAACCAUUCUGUAAAAUCAAUUGAAAUUUGGGAUAAAUUAAUGUUAUGGAGUAUUGCAUAA